GGAUCAGACUCAUUAACGGCAUUCAAAAAAGGAAGUUGAAAAAAAAAAAUAGAGGUGAGAUUAAAAAUGUAUAAAUUGGUAUAAAAAAUAAGCUUUUGCAUUCUUUUCUCUUCAUUAUCACAUUUGCUCUAUAAAAAAAUACCCCUUUACUGCAGGCUCAGUUUGUUUAUUUUUUUCUCAACUCACUAUCAUUUUUUUUUACAAAUCAAUCGCUGUGCGAAAAUCAUCAAAUUAACCAAUAUGCGUUUCACUUCUCUCGUUACAAUCGCCCUCUCUUUUGCUGGUGUCAUCCAAUCACUUCCCCUCGAACGUCGCGGUAUCACAUCCCUUAAUGGAGUCACAUAUACUGCCCGUAAUUCAAAUGGUGAAUGUCAAUCUUCGCAAGAAAUCGCAGCUUCUGUGAAGCUGAUGAAAUCGAGCGGUGUUCACAGUAUCCGUACCUAUUCUCAAGAAUGUGAUCAACUCCCUGCUAUUUUGGACGCUAUCAAGUCUCAAGGUGGUGGUAUGACAGUGCUGGCCUCUGUCUGGAUCGACGGUACAAGCAAGGAUCAAGAAGAGAUCUCCACCCUUAAGUCCGUUUUAGCAAACCAUGACACAAGUGCCAUCACUGGUAUCUUGGUUGGUAACGAAGUUCUUUUCAACGGUGUCAUGCCUGCUUCUGAAUUGAUCAAGAAGUUUAAGGCUGUCAAGGCUAUUUCCAAAGGUAUUGAUGUCGGAACCGCCGAGAUGGACGUUACAUAUCCUCAAGAGUUGGUUGAUGUCUCUGAUUUUGUUGCUGUCAAUAUUCAUCCCUAUUUCUCUCAAGUUGAUAUCAAGAACGCCAUGUCCAAUUUAAAUGAUAGAUACAAUGCUUUUAAGAAGGUGGCUGGAGGAAAGAAGACUUAUAUCGCUGAGGUUGGCUGGCCAUCCGCAGGUGCUUCUUCAGGAAAGGCUGUCCCUAGUGUCAGCAAUACUGAAACUUUUGCUUCUGAAAUCUCCCGUACUUCUCUUCCUUAUUAUUUCUUUGAAUGGCAAGAUUCUAACUGGAAGUCCAGUGGUAUCGAGUCUAACUUUGGACUCCUCAAUAGCAAUGGCAAAGCCAAGUUUGGCAUCUAAACCAAUAUUUUUUAUUUUUCUCGAUAUAUUUUUGCUUAUAAUUAAAUAAAAAUUCAAACUUUAUCGAUAUCUUUA